AUGUUCAAACGACUUACCUUCCUCGCUUCUGCUCUACUCCCGCUCGCACUGUCCGCACCAGUUGAGCCCGGAUCCUUUCAAGUGGAAAAGAGAUCUACUAACCUCCAAUGCGUCCAAUACCAGUACGGAGGCCCAUUCACCUCAACGGGCUUCAAUGGAUUCAUCCACUUAUAUUCCAAUAUCACGCAAUACGAUCCUGACACCCAGACUACAUCAUUUAACGAAUCCCGACUGGGUAGUUCAGAGGACGGCACGAUCGAGCCGUGUGGAGAUUGUAGAACGACCGAAUUGUUCGGAUUCGAGAUAUGUCAAACUAGAGAUCGAAAGGCGUUCAACGGAUUGGAGAAUUCGGCCAACUUCUUCUAUGGUCAUUUGACGUACUACAACGUAGGCCUAUUUCAAUGUCUUACAGCGACCAGUACAGGAUCCGACAAUGGAUACGAAGGAUCGGCCUUGACUUUGAAGGAUUGUGAAUACGAUUAUGAGAAUGCUGCUGCUUCUGGACAAUACUUCGAGAUGUCGAUCUCGGAUCAAGGAUAUUGGUACGCUCAUUUGGUUGAUGAUAAUACAGUAUACGGACCUACACCUGAGCUCAACAGUAACGGGUCUCUCGUGCUAUACGAUGUGAUCGGCGCCAAUAGGACUUUCACCUUCUUUGGAUUCAAGGCUCAACAGUUUUAG